GGCCGGGUGAGUGACAGUGGCCGCCAUUUUUCCCCCCUGAGGUACCGCUCUGCGCCUGAAAGGCCUCGGAUUUGAACGUUGCUCCCCCGCCCUUUAACGGUCGAUCCGUGGUGUUUAUUGAGCGCUUACUACGUGCAGGGCACUGUACUGAGCGCCUGGGAGAGGGGCCGUAUUUUGCAGAGAAUGUCAGGAAGUUUCUAUUUUGUGGUUGUUGGUCACCAUGAUAAUCCAGUGUUUGAAAUGGAAUUUUUGCCUGCUGGGAAAGUGGAAUCCAAGGAUGAUCACCGUCAUUUGAAUCAGUUCAUAGCACACGCUGCCCUUGACCUUGUAGAUGAAAAUAUGUGGUUGUCUAACAACAUGUACCUGAAAACGGUGGAUAAAUUCAAUGAGUGGUUUGUCUCUGCUUUUGUUACUGCAGGUCAUAUGAGAUUCAUUAUGCUUCAUGAUGUACGGCAAGAAGAUGGAAUAAAAAACUUCUUCAGUGAUGUUUAUGAUUUAUAUAUCAAGUUUGCAAUGAAUCCAUUCUAUGAACCGAAUUCUCCAAUUCGAUCAAGUGCAUUUGAUAGAAAAGUCCAAUUUCUUGGGAAGAAACAUCUUUUAAGCUGAUUCCAGAAGACUUCUUAAUGUGUGCAUUGUAAUUGACUAAAUAGCCCAGUAAAUAUUUAUCUGUUCCACUAUCACAGUAAAUACAUUCUAGACCAAAAGAGCUUUCAAUCUCUUUAAAAGUGGGACGUCAUUUUUUGUUUUCUGCUGGCAGAAAGGUCACACUAACUCCUGCUUGUGAAGAAUAUACUUCUAAAGGCAUUUAUCAAGUACCUUUGAGGGUUUCUGUUAUUGUACAGAUUGAGGAGUAUCUGGAUAGUUUGACCCCAAAUUUUCAGGUUUGGGGUUUUUGAUGUGGGAACCAAUUUGGUAAAUUGGACUGAGAGAUGUGAUAGAACAACUGAAAAUAUUGUUUCUCUAAUCACAAAUAAAAUGUAAUUAACAUUUUGGUUUUUGAAAAUAGGUUGCAUAGCCAAAAAGGUGAACCAAUUAGAACAAGGUAGAUUACUUAAUGCAGCAAAAGCCCGGCCAACAACUUUACAAGAAAAAAUCACUGCUGAGUUCAGGGAGCGGGGGAUUAGUUGUGUAUCACCUUAAUAUAUAUAUUUUUUAAUUUAGACUCAAGAUUCCUAAGUUCCAUUAUCUCCCUUUCUAAUGUGAUAUAUGUGUUCCACAUAAAACACUCAUGUUAAGAAUGAGCAGUUGGGCCUUAAGCAUCUUUUGAUGUGCUCUUAAGUUUUUUGGCUUGAUGCUUUGAUGGUGGGACAUAUUCCAUUAGUCCAAAAACAAUAAUUAGGAGUUAAAAUUGAAUUACAUUCACUUUCAGUAGUUAAGCAACUUACAGAAUAGAUGGGAGAGCUGUUUUAUUGUACAAGACGUCCAUAUUUCUUGUUCUAAAACUUAAUGGGUUCAGUGUUCUUAGAUGGGUUCAGUAAUGUCUUAACUAAGUUUAACAUGCCAGAAGUCUGGGGUGGUAAUUGUGAAUAUCAGUUCCAAGUUUGUUUGUGAUCACAGUUGGUGUUUUACACACUAAUAUAGCAAAACGCUAAUGAGAAUAUUGUUGGCCAUACGGCCUUAAAUGGAUUUGGGGUUGUUUCCUAAACAAGGCUUAUAAACAGCAUGUUUAUCCAAGCAAGUCGAGAAAUUUAAACUCAAAGACUGUACUGUGGUGCAAUCCAUAACCCAAUAAAAUGUAAAACCAUUUCAUUUGUGCUAGAAAUUGAAUAAAUUGUAAAAACUGCUAUUCUGUGGUAAAAAAAAAAAA